AUGGGGAAACGAAAGAAGUCGUCCAGCAAGCCGCAAGGGCCCAAGAAACGCGAACCCCUCGCCUCGACCUUCACCUGCCUCUUCUGCAACCACGAAAAAGCCAUCCAAGUCAAACUCGACAAGAAGGCCGGCGUGGGCAACCUGCACUGCAAGGUCUGCGGGCAGAGGUUCCAAACCGGCAUCAAUUACCUCAGCGCCGCCGUCGAUGUGUACUCGGACUGGAUCGACGCAUGCGAGGACGUGGCAAAGGAUGCGGCAUCGAGGGAAGCCGAAGACGAUGCGAAAUUCAGCAGCUAUGCAGCAUCCGGCAAGGCCGGUGCCGGCAUCGGUGCUGCUGAGGGAGGGGCCGAUGAAGACGAGGACGUUGACUACGGAGACGAUUGA